CAUAUUAUAUCGACGUCUCCGUCAAAUGACGAAACCAACCUUAAACCACCAUCGAAGAAGAAAAAGGCGGAUGUUAGCGUGGCUUCGAGACCCCAGGUUAACGACGCGACGACCACCAGAACAAUGGCGUCCUCCGAGCAGAAAGCGCGACAACGUAAACAACUGGAACCUGUUGGAAAGAAUCACAUCGCUUUAGACGUCCAGAAGCUGAUUGUUCUUCAGGAAAAGCAUUCCCCCAAGUCGCAGGAGAGCAGUUUGGAGCAAGAGGCUCCAGAGCCCUUCCACAUCAAAAAGGAAGAUGAAGAUCCACAGCUCCCACAUGUUAAAGAGGAGGAGGAGGCUGACAUCAGCAAGUUGCUAUUGACCGCUGUCUCUGUGAAGAGUGAAGAUGACAAAGACAAACCACGCGAGUCAUUUGAUGUUCAGCAGCCGAUUGGUCAGCAGGAGGAGCUUCCACCUCAGUCGCAGUGGGGGAGCUCCAGUUUGCAGCAAGAGCAUCCACGGCAUCUCCACAUUAAAGACGAAAAGGAGGACGCUGGCAUCAGUAAAUUGCCACUGACUGAUGUCACUGUGGAGACUGAAGACAAACAACCCAAGUUGUCACGACUUCAUUUUCAUAGUCCAAGUGGAGACCCCUGUGUAGGACCACCACCAGACAACUUCUUAGCUCCACUGUCAGACAGUGAUGACAUUGAAGAAUCUUUGUCAAGCGACGUAGACUGUGAAGGUGAUGACAAACAGUUGAAAUGCUAUGAAAAGGAGACAACUCCUGGCAGCAAGGAAACUUCACAAGCACGUAGAAAAUGUUUUACCCACUCAGUUUGUGUCAAACAUUUUGCUAAAAGACAUCACACUAUUAGCUACAUUAGAACACACACAGGAGAAAAAUCCUUUCCCUGUUCACUGUGUGGGAAAACAUUCUCUCGAAAGGAACAUUCGGACUCGCAUAUGAGAACACACACAGGAGAAAAACCCUUUUGUUGCUCAACGUGUGGUAAACGAUUCUCUGUCAAGCCAAACAUGUUAUCACAUAUGAGAACACACACAGGAGAAAAACCCUUUCGCUGCUCAAUGUGUGAUAAAACAUUCUCUCAUAAGGCACAUGUGGCAUCGCACAUGAGAAAACACACAGGAGAAAAACCCUUCAGUUGCUCAACUUGUGGUAAAACAUUCUCUCAUAAGCCAAACAUGGUCACACACAUGAGAACACAUACAGGAGAAAACCCCUUUUGUUGCAGAGUUUGUGGUAAAACAUUCUCUCGGAAGGAACAUGUGGCAUCACACAUGAGAACACAUACAGGAGAACAACCAUUUUCUUGCUCAAUUUGUGGUAAAGGAUUCACUUUAAAGCCGAACAUGGUAUCACACAUGAGAAUACAUACAGGAGACAAACCCUUUCGUUGCUCAACUUGUGGCAAAACAUUUUCUCGAAAGCCAAACAUGGUAGCACACAUGAGACUACACACAGGAGAAAAACCUUUUUGUUGCUCAUCUUGUGGUAAAACAUUCUCUAGGAAGCCAAACAUGGUGAAACACAUGAGAAUACACAAAGAAAAACGUCAUUGCUCAUAGUGUGAUAAAACAUUCUGUCGUAGGCCACACGUAAAACAUAAGAACACGCACAGGUGAUUUAACUCUUUUGGCGAAGGUUAUGCUCACAAGUGUUUCACUGCAGAUGUGGACACUAAAGGAGAAUAAAUGUUUUACAGUAUUCUCUGCAAUACUGCGGCAUUUGAAACAGA